CAUUCGUCAUUUGCGAAAGAUCGAUGACUGGUGGCUUAGAGCAAACCUGGCACGACUAAAUUGGUUUUCUGUUGGGGGGAUUCCGGGAAGUACAGCGUUUCCUCGUCACUCAUCACAGACCAACCUCCUUUAUCAACCUCGUCUGGUGGCUCUGGAUUUGCUCCUGUCGCCCAGUAGCUAGCCAAGUCUUCAAUCGUAUUGCGUUGCAGGCUGGGACAGGACAGAACUCUUGAGAAGCUGCGGAUCUUUGAGCGGCGUGAGUGGAUCGUUCGAAAGAGUGAAAGAGGAGACCUCUUGCUCAUCGAACUUUCUCACAAAUCUCAUUUGGAGAAAACAAAUCUUCUCACAUCACAACAAGUCAACACAAGUCAAGUCAAAUCCACUCAUAAGCAAACAUGAAACUCUCCAUUCCAACCCUCGCUCUCUCGUCUCUCUUGGCAUCUUCAGCCGUGGCCACCAGUCUGCGCCAAAAACGAAAGCUCCAGUUUGGCCAAGGCAACCCACAGGGAGAUGUACAGGAAUUCUUUGAUGGCUUGACGGGAGGAUUGACAGGUGGCUUUGAGGGCAUGAUCGAUCUUACCGCCAUUCAAGACAUGGAUCCCCUCGUCGUGGGUGACGGCCAGCCCAUGAGCUUUGUGAUUGACGAUACCUUCAACCUAACUUCCUGUGAAUCACCCAUCAAUAUCACUCUGGCACCCGCCACCCUCACGGGUCUUUCUACACUCACCAUGGACCGCUUUGAGUUGAUACCCAAUUCGGGUCAAGUGCAAAUCCAGGAUGGAAAUUGGUGGGAUGUCGUCAACACGUUGACUUGGGAAGGAACCUUUGACAUGCUCGCGACUGCCGACUUUAUUACUUUGGAAGGAGGAAUCAGUGUGUCGUCCGAUGAUACCGAAUGUCUGGGGGUUGAUGUAGACCAAGAUGGAACCUUCCGGACUGGAGUGGUCGUGUCCAUGGCCAAUCCAAUGUUGGAUAUGCAGUUGGCCAUUGGUGGAUCUACACAGAGCGUCAUUAGCAGUUGGUUUGGAGGUGAUCAAGACUCGGUUGCCGAGUCCAUGAAUGCCACUCAAGUUAGCUUCACGUACGAUAGUUGGACCGUCGAGUUUGACAACCCCGCCGUCAACCAAACGAUUGAUGUUGGUGAAAUCAUUCAAACCCUCGAUGACUUUCUACAGAAUGCCCUCAACUCUACUGAUUUUGAAUUGCCGGGCAUUGAUGGCUUUGACGGACUUGGUGGCAUUGAUGACUUCAUCCAAGGUCAAGCCAACGCCGUGUCCAAAAGCGCCAGUUUUUCCUUCUAAGAAGCCAGUAUAGAUAGAUGUUUAUAUCGAUUUACUACAGUAGAUGUUAUUUUAAAGAAAAAGAAGACUUUAUAGUGGAACUGCAAUGGGGCCUUGACUUUCUCAGUUUUUCAAAGAGCACUCGAGUAAACGC